AUGAUCUUCUGGCAACUUAUGGUCGACGACCUCCACGUCACCUACGAACAACUGAACCAAGUUAUGUCGGUAAACUUUGUAGGACUCGCAAUUGGCUGUGUGCUGUUUAUCCCGUUAGCUAAAAAGUUUGGUCGGCGACCGGUAUAUUUGAUUUCGACGGCGUUGAUGCUGGCGACGACUCUUUGGACCGCAGAGCUGAAGACUCUACCAGAGCUGUAUGUGACCAAUUUGCUGCAAGGACUCGCGGGGGCGACAAACGAGGCUAUUGCGCAGAUAACGAUUGCUGAUCUCUUCUUCGUGCACCAUCGUGGGGGUAUGAAUGCUCUGUAUAUGACUAUGAUGAUGAUAGGGAGCUUCCUGACGCCCAUGGCUGGCGGGGUCCAAGCAACGCAGCAAGGCUGGCGCUGGUCCUAUCGCACCAUGGGGAUUUUCAACGCUGUUCUAUUGCUCCUGUUUAUUCUUUUCUACGAAGAAACAAAAUACUCUCCCAUCAUCGAGGGAGUUGGUCCUACUGAAACUACCGACGAUAACAACCAUUCCGUAAUCACCUCUAAUAACGACCAAAAGAAAUCCGCCCUCGAGCCUAGAAUCCAACACACAAGCGCCUUGUCACAUGAGCUUGAUCCCUCGAUUCCCAUGAAACCAUGGCGUCAAAGAUUCCCCCUGAUCACAUACACCACCGAACCUAUCUGGCCACACUUCUACCGUCCCUUCGAAGCGCUAUUUACCUUCCCGGCCAUCCUCUGCUGUGCGCUGCAAUACGCCAGCGGCGUUGUCUGGCUCACGAUACUCUCUACUGUCAUAUCACUGGUGUUCCCCCUACCGCCGUACAACUUCAAUCCUGCAGAGAUCGGAUAUAUGAGCGUGGGCCCGUUCGUUGGGAACUUAAUCGGAUCCUUCUAUGGAGGGUUUUUUGGCGACUGGUCGAUCUUGCUCUUUGCUAGACGAAACAAGGGGUACUAUGAGCCGGAGAUGCGACUAUAUAUCUUACAUUUUCCGGCUGUCGCGCUGUGUGGAGGGCUUGUGAUGUUUGGGGUUACAGUUGACAGGGGAAUGCACUGGAUUCUACCGAGCAUCGGUGGCGCGCUUUUCGGCUUCGGACUCGGAAGUAUCAGCGAUGCGUGCCUGACGUUGGUGAUUGAUAGUUAUAUGGAGAUAACCGGCGACGCCUUCACGGGAAUCGCCUUCCUCCGGAACGCGUUCAGCAUCGGCAUCCCAUUCGCCAUCACACCGUGGAUGCAGCGCAACGGACUAACGAAGAUGUUUAUAGCCUGCGGGUUCAUAAGCCUUGGUGUGAGUCUGACCUUGUUGGGGAUGGUCAUGUAUGGGAAACAGAUGCGCAGGGCGACAAGCGGGAGGUAUCGCGUUAUGGCUGGGCGUGGUGAAUUUGGUGGGACCUCAGGGACCAGGCGUCGGCAGGAUGUGUAG